GUUACUUUUAGUAUAUUUUCAAUGCUACGUCGAAAAGCAAAGAGGCAACUCGAAAGUUCAGAGAAUGAGGAGGUCACGGCCACGAAGCAUGGUCGUCGCACAACACCAAACCAGAAUGAAGAGGCUGAUGAUUUAGAAAAACUUGUAUUUGGUGAACAACAUCUUCAUUUUGAUAUUAAUAUAGAGGUAAGUUUUAUCACAUAA